GUGAUCCAUAUUCAUCUGGAUCCCAUUAAACAAGGAUCUAGUAUGCAAAAGUUCUAUGCAAAAUCUCGUUUGCAUUUGUCAAUAUUUGUUCAUUCCAAAAAAAAAAAUGAUCCAAUAAUCGAUUAUUUGGGCUUAUCACGAUUGCCAUAGUUAUGAAACUAAAGAAUCAAUUUGCAAUGUAGUUUGAUUUAUUAUGGAUCAAGAAUUUGUUAUUUAUUCCAAUAAAAAUUCAUUUGAAAGUGUAUCAUUCAUUUGAGUGAAAAAAAAUGAGUAAAACAAAAACAUCCAAUAGUAAAAAUCCUAAACGAUGUAAAGCUAAUGCUCGUGAACGUAAUCGUAUGCAUGGCUUAAAUCGUGCAUUGGAUCAACUUCGCGAUUGUAUACCAUUGAAACAUCUUCAAAUGAAUCAAAAUGUUUGCAAUCAAAAAAUACAAAAAUUAUCCAAAAUUGAAACAUUACGUUUGGCAAGAAAUUAUUUAAUUCUAUUAACUGAAAUACUACAUUGUCAUAAUCAGUCACAAAAUGAUGGUCAAUCAUCAUCAUCAUCAAUUGAUAAUCUAAUGAUGGGACAAAUAUUGGCAUAUGGUUUAGGUCAACAAAGUUUAAAUCAUUUGUCCAUACAGAUGAAUGUUUCCAGUGUUCGUAUGUUGAGUCAACCAUCAUCAAGAGUGCAGCAAAUUUUCGCCAACUAUGGUUGUUGUUCACUAAAAUCGAAUGAAUAUGUUUGGUCAAUGGGUAAUGAAAAUUCUAUUCAAUCAUCAUCAUCAUCAUCAUCAUCAUCAUCAACACCAUCAUCAUUUAAUUGCAUGAUGAAUUCUAAUCCUCAUUUAUUAUCUUGA